CCAAACCUCAACACCAACGCUCGCUCGUCGCCCGUUCGCCCGUCGCCGUGCCCGCCAACACUAACUGCGCUUUGAUUGUUAGAUUAGAGGCGCAAUCAGUCUGACAGUCCACAACAGUUCCAUGGAGGCCCGUGGGCUGCUGUGCUUAUCGCGAACUGCUUGAGGACUUUCGAGUCUUCGAGCCGCAAGCGAUGGCCAGCAUGCCGGACGGUAGUAACGGCAACCGCAAUCCCGCCCUGCGAACGUAUUUUUCCUGGAAUAUCGAGGACGCCAAAUGGUGGACGAAGCACUAUCGGACGGAAAUAGCGGCAAGCACUGCCAGCAUGCUCGCGACUGGGGUCACUUACCCCUUGGAUUCUACUAAAACUCGCAUGCAAGUCUCUACAUACAACUCCGUCCGCGAUUGCAUACGCAAGACAUAUCAAAAAGAGGGGCUUAGUGGUUUUUGGCGUGGCGCCUUUGCCCCUCUGGUUAGCAUUACCGUUGUCCGAACCGUCUCCUUCUCGGUCUAUCAGCGAUCCAAGUACUUGUACGAUGGCUGGAUGCACCGAUCGGUCGGUGUAUCUCCGCUUAUGAUUGCCAAUACCAAGGGCGCGACCCCGAAUCUUGCUACGGUGAUAUGCUUCGGAGCUGCGGGAGCGACAGCUGGGGUGGCUAUUACUGCUAUUGCCUGUCCAUUUGAGUUGAUAAAGCUUAGCGCACAAACCGCGAUCAUCAACGCUAAUAAGAAGAGUUCCUCCAGCCUCGACGAACCUCUACGAGGCAGUUAUCAGGGCCUGGGGACUUUCAGGACCGCGCGGAAGUUGGUCCAUGAUAGAGGGUUUAAGGGCCUUUAUUCUGGUUUCCAUUUGCACUUGUUGAGAGAUUCUAUUGGAACUGGCGUCUAUUUCAUGGCUUAUGAGAGUGCGAAACAGUUCCUGGCCAAUGCUCGUGGCAACUCGCCCACCACGCCUACGGCUGUUGUGAUUGCGGGUGGUCUUUGUGGUCUCGUCAGCUGGGCUGUCAUAUACCCAAUUGAUACGACCAAGAGCCAGUAUCAGCGGAAUUGCUUGACGUCGCAUAAAGACCGGACUGUCGUGCCGAAAAUUCAGUACGGUAGAAUGAGCAUGUAUCAAGGUCUCACCGUCUCAAUGACCCGCUCCUGCAUCCUGAACGCAAUCUUCUUCUCGCUUUUCGAGUACACGAAGAAGGGCAUCAACCGUCUGGAGGUCAACGAGGAGCUGCUUAGCCGCCGUCCUUCUAAAUGAGCGAGAAAUUUCCCUAGUCCUCUGCGGUUUAUGAACGGGCGUUUUUCUUGAAGCUUUUUGCAUACGGGACUCUUUUUUGGAAUCGAUCCCUUUUUGGGAACGAUCCUUGCAUCGAGACCUCGUCAUAUUGGGGAGCUUUGUAUCAUACAGACAGCUGGCUAGCUGCACUGGGGCAUGGGGGAUUGAUCAUAUGGCGACUGGGCCGCCGAAUAGGGAUACUGGGAUUAUCCGGUAGAUUGAUUAAACCAAUCGAUACGUUCCCGGUUAUUGAGCGGAUAUGCAUGUGUAAGAACUUGAGUGCGCGUCCUUGCCGCUGGUUGUGGUGUCUCACGGUGGGUUUAGACUCUCGGAUGGGAUGUUCA